AUACUCGAUCCGGCGUGGGUUGCUGCUCGUACUGCUAAUCUCACUGGUCCCGUCUCCGUGGGUUCGUAGGCGCCGCGAUAUCUCAACCUGAGAUGAGAUUAAGGAGGGGCGGUCGAGACACCAGCCUAUGAGAGCAUCAGGAACAGCGCCAUCCACGCCAUCGGCAAAAGAUUAACACGAGCAACGCAUCAAAGAACAGAAGCAGAGACCAAAGCACAGGCAAAAGCAGAAGCAGUUAGGAAAGGUCGUGCGGGCGCGUUAUUUCAACACGACAGCAGUAGACGAGGCGAAUAUUAUCCAACAUGGACCAUAUAGACAGCAUGGCAAGUAACAAAGAGCCCAGCUCUAUUUCACGGCCGAGUGUUCAACCCAAGCCUAUCCGGCGGCGCAACCGUAUGAUCAACUCUUGUCUAGAGUGCAGGAAACGCAAGCUUAAGUGCAGUAAGACGUCGCCGACAUGUACCAACUGUGUCAAGGCCACACGGGACUGCCUAUACAUUGGGCCUCGCCUGGACGAGGCGAGUCAGAUGCGCCUCGCUGAGAUCAAAGAGAAGCAAAGCACUUUGGAGCGACAGCUGGAACGUGAUGUAACCAAUUUCACUGCGUCUAGGAGCACUUUGCAGCAACGCAUUCUCGCUGAUGAAGUAGAAGACAACUAUGAUGAUGAGCACGACCUGGAGGCUACGCCUCUGGUCGCUCUCGACCUGACGUACGAAGAUGAUGCAGAUGAAGGCGCUGACGACAUGAUAGACCUUGGCGUUCAAAUUGGGAAAAUGCGUAUUACUGAGAGGAUAGGUGGACUCUCGAGACCACGACUAUCUGAAGAGAUCUUAGCAGGAAUCUCGCAGCGCCCUGUUGGCCACCCGCCUCGUCUACUUCCAAGGGGCCAGAUGCCCGUAUUUGAGGAUGUCCCAGAUAGCAUAUCGGAAUCACCCCUACCCGAUUUCUUGAAGCCUACAAACCAACACAUAGUGCCAACAAGCGGCUUCUUUUUCGGCCAAGUUGGCGAGCCACCCAACCUCCUGCAGUUUCUGCCACCCCGGCAUGUCGCGGACCGUCUUAUGGCUCGAUACUUCCGUGCGGUCCAUCCCAUAGCGCCUUGCUCGCACUGGCCUUCGAUGGAAGGCGUAUAUGCCGCGUUCUGGGAAGAGAUUACUGCGGGCUUUGAGCCACGACCCGCCAUGCAGGCUAUUAUCUUCGCGACUAUGUUCAGCGGCCUCGUCAGCAUGAGGGAGGACGUUGUAUUUCACGAGCUGGGUGGCUAUUUUAAGGCUAACUGGGUUGCGAGCCUUAAGAUUGGUACCGAAACAGCUCUCAGCAAAGCCAAUUUCUUGCGGACUACAAGAGUAGAAACCAUGCAGGCGUUUAUCAUCUACAUGAUACCAUUAUGUAGGGCAGAGGUGUCACGGGCUCAUUCAGUCCUCGUGGGCGCUGCCGUUCGCAUGGCUGAGUGCAUGGGCCUGCACCGUGACGGCGAAACCUAUGGGCUGACGCCUUUGGAGACACAUGUACGGCGUCUCGUCUGGCAUCAGCUCUGCUUUCUCGACAUCCGGACGUGUGAAGCACAGGGCCCAAAACCUGUGAUUCGCCGAGAAGAUUACGACACGAAACUGCCUAUAAACUGCAAUGAAGAGGAUUUGGCAGCAGCAUCUGGUGCGCCACCACUAGAGCCGUCGGACGCAUGGACGACUAAUACGUUGGCACUGAUCCGGUUCGAAAUCAACGAGAUGAUGCGUGCCGUCUGGGUGGACCGACGGCGACUCGAGACCAGGCGCACUACCUUGACUGCCGUGCUGACCAAGAUCGAGAACUUCCGGCGACGCAUGUCGGAGAAGUAUGACCCUUUGCUCGACGUAUCAUUGCCACAACAGCGCUACGCAAAGUGUAUCAUGUAUCUGCUGACCUACCGGCUGCAUGUCAUGGUGCUACACCCGUACUAUGCCAACGCGUCGCACCCGAUGCCACCACGGCUGAGCCACCUGCUGAUCACGUCGGGUAUAAUGGUGAUUGAGCUGGCAAUACAAGUAGAGACCAAUCCUCUAUUCCAGGACUGGGCGUGGUACAUGGGCGCCUACUUCCAGUUCCAGAUCGCGAUACUGCUUGCCACUGAAGUGUACUUUCGUCCUCAGAGCCGCGAGGCAGACCGUAUCUGGUCAUGUCUGGACUAUGUCUUCGACCUAGACCACAAGCUGCCCCCAGAAACGAAGUGCAUGAACCUACUGAGUGAGAUAUCGAGUCGUACCGCCGUGUAUAUGCGCAAACGUAAGAUGCGGGGCCCCAGUACCACUGCUCGAGCAGCAGUCUCAACCAAUGCAGUGGCAGGGACCAACUCGCCAUCGCCAGGUCAUCAGCCGCAACACCAAGCGACACAACAACAGCAGCCCGUGCCGGUGCUUCACCCCGAAUAUCAACCUCAACCUCAACCUCAGCCUCAGCCUCAGCCUCAGCAUCAGAAUCAGCACUCGACCGCCUGUGGAAGUCACAUUCCACUCUGUGCCGGUGCGAACGGGGGCAUGAAGGCAGAGCCAGGCUACACAUCCGUGGGACCAUCGACGAGACCACAUAUGGUCUUUGCGGGCGUAUCUGAUGGUCAAGUCCUCUGGAGUCUACCACCAAAUGCAGGGAGUCCCCACGACAGCGACUCUUCAAGCCUUGCGCCACCUAUAGGAGUGACGAUACCGUCAACGGCACCAGCACCGGCAAUGGCAGCAACGAUAAAAGGGGGUACUGCAGCAGCUGUUGCUGGUGCUGGUGGCGCUCUUGAUUCUCAUAUAUCACAGGGCAAUGAUAUCAUGGAUAGUAUAGACUGGGAUACAAUGUACGCACUCUUCCCCAACGACGUGCAGACAGGUGAAUUGUCCAUACAAGGAUAUCAUGACCCAAAAUUCAGCAUUAUAAAUGGAGGUCGCUGCACUUUAUAAAGCAGGAAGAUUGCUGGGCCAAUAAACCAUCUGUUAUUGUCACUUUUACUCACAAAGCUCAUUGACCUCCCAAGUAUCUAUACCCUCUACGAUAAGCAGACUUGCUCUUGCUCCUAACCCCUCCAACGCUUCUUAUCGCCGUACUCCCUUUCUACUUUAUGGUUGAGUGUAUGGUGAUCGUAAUGUUCACCUCCCCUUCUCCCUUCAUUUUACAAAUUUACAGCCAGAUGGGCGAGUAUAUGCCGCCAUGAUGCCGUGUAAUGUAUAUGGCCAAAAUGAUAAACCGCUGUCAAGACUAAUCUAAAGUUCGAA